AAGUAAAUCUUAAUAACUUUCUAUUGCCAGAAGAAAUAGAAGAUACUACCAAUCUUAUUCUAAUCUUAGAAUCAGAAAUAGAAGACACUACCGAUCUUAUUUCAGCUUUAGAACCAGAAAUUGAAAACUUAGAAGUCUCUAUAACUAUUCUUCUAACUGAUAUAUCUCAAACCAUCCAGCCAAUGACUAAAAGCUUAACCAAUCUGUUUAUUAGUAGAACUUGGAAAACCCAAACGUAUUAUUGUCUUGGGAAACUUCUUGACCAACAUGCAAACCCAGCCAUGAUAAAAGACUUUAUUGAAAGAAAACAAGGCAAAAGAAAAGCCAAAGACACUUGGCGUAGUGCCUAUCGAACUUAUGAACUUUUCAGAAUCUGCCUAAAGAAAGUUAUUUCUCAGUUACAGACCCUAACAGCAACACAGCUCAUCAAGCUAACUGAUGGUGAUUAUCAUCGACUCCUCGAUG